AUGGGUUAUGCAGCUGUGAUUUCUCUAAUUCAAACUUUGAAGCAGGUCAUGCAACAAAAGCCACGUUGGGUAAUUGGUGAUACAAGAAAAAUGGUGGAAUCACUCCUUGAUAGUGUUGGAUAUUUCCAAAACUUUCUUGAGAGUAGUUGCAAUAUUAGAAGGCAAGACUCAUGUAAACAACAGUUUGAGGAGUUAGAGAGAGAGAUAAGAAUUGCAGUGAAUGAAGCAGAGAAUGUGAUUGAACUAAAUAUAUAUGAAUUUAAUCAAUUGGAACGUUGUCGUUCAAGACUUGGAUUGUCACGCCAGCCUAUAUGUGACGAUUUGCCUCCACUUUUAGAAAAGAUUGAUGCUGUGAAGAGGAAGAUCUUGAUGCAAAAUAGUAGUAUUAUUAGUAGUACAAAAGUGGAUUCUUUGCUAGGUCUUGAUUCAUCAUCUAGACAUAUUGUAAAUAUGAGUCUAGAAAAUGUUGUCGUGGGUCUUGAAGACGACUUGAUGAAAAUCAUGAGACGACUAAUAGGGCCACCAUGUGGUCGAGAAGUUGUCUCAAUUUUGGGCAUGGCCGGUAUUGGCAAGACAACUCUUGCUAAAAAAGCAUACCAUCAUCCUGAAAUCAGGAAUCGCUUUGACAUCCAUGUUUGGGUAACGAUAUCUCAAGAAUAUCGAAUUAGAGAUUUAUGGUUGAGCAUUCUUUCUUGUAUUCCUCACAUUAGUGAGACUUAUCCAAUGGAUGUGAGAGAUGAGAUUAACGAAAGUACUGACAAUCAGCUGAUGGAUAUGAUAUACAAAAAGUUAAAGUGUCGGAGGUACCUUGUUGUCAUGGAUGAUAUUUGGAGUAAGGAAAUCUGGGAUCUUAUGACAAGAAUUUUUCCUGAUGAUAACAAUGGGAGUCGAAUUAUUUUGACUAGUAGGCACGAACAGGUCGCUAAGCAUGCAGAUCCCGAUAGCAAACCUCAUAAGAUGAGCCUCUUGAAUUCGGAUAAUAGUUGGAAGUUACUUAAGGGCAAGGUGUUUGGUGUAGAACAUGUAUGUCCUCCUGAAUUAGAAGAUAUCGGAAAGCAA